GAGGAUCUACAAGGUUUUUACAAAAUUUGGCCCAGGAGAAACAGCUGACAUCAACCACGUUGAUAUUUUGCCUAUUGAAUCACAGAUGUUGUGGAAAGUCACUUCUGGCAUGGAGCUGAAAGCCAGCAACGGGAAGAUGCUUCCCGCCCUGACGGUCUUUUCCGAAAGCCUGCGCUACCUGAAAGAACAUGCCCUCAACACCAUCCAAGAGGCCUCUUUCCAAACCGUCUGCAACCAGGAGGAGAUCACCUGGGUCAUUACCGUCCCGGCCAUAUGGAGCGCUGCUGCCAGGCAGUUCAUGCGGCUGGCAGCAAAAGAGGCAGGACUCAUCUCUGACAUGAUUUCUGAGAACCUGAUUAUUGCCCUGGAGCCGGAGGCUGCAUCGCUCUGGUGCAAACAGCUUCCACAGGAAGGGUUUAUGGUGGACAGCAGUGACAAGAAGAAGUUCGAGGACUCCCCUGGGAUCCAGUAUAUCGUUGUUGACUGUGGAGGUGGCACAAUAGACAUCACGGUACAUGAGAUCCAAGAAAACCAUUACUUGAAGGAGUUACACAAGGCAGCUGGAGGUGGAUGGGGAGGCAACAGAGUGGAUGAAAACUUCACAGAUUUCCUCAGGGAAAUAUUCGAUGAUGGCGUAUGGGGUGAAUAUGUGAAGAGCCACCCUACCGAAUUACAACAUAUGAUGUACAACUUCAGUCUACAGAAAUGCUCUGCUAGCAGGGAGGCAGUCUACAUACAUUGCUACUACAACUUGACCCGAGUGGCAGAGUGCAAGCAGGACAUCUCCCACUUCUUCAAAAAAGCAAAAGGAGCUGUGUGGUGUGAUGGAAUGAUCAUGAUUACAUAUGAGAAAAUGAAGAGCCUUUUUGACUAUAGUAUCAAAAAUAUCAUUCAUACUUUGAGGGAAAUUCUUGAGAAGCCCGAGAUAGCCAAGGUCCAGUACAUUUUGCUCGUGGGAGGUUUUGCGUCUAGCAUCAUCUUGAGAGAUGCCAUCCGUCAGGCCUUUAGUGAGAAGUAUCAUAUCCUUUGUCCACUGGAGGCCCAAGGGGCCAUUGCAAAAGGGGCUGUUUUAUUUGGAGUCAAUCCACAUAUUAUUGCCUCAAGAGUCAGUGCUCGGACAUACGGCGUGGCAGUAACUAGUAAAUUCGAUGCUGCUAUCCAUGACUGCCGUAAACUAAGGGUCUCAAAAGCUGAUGGCUAUAUUUAUUGCACAGGUCUCUUCAAGAAAUUGGUGGGAAUUGAGGAGUCAGUGAAUAUAAAUGAAGUUGCCCACUAUACUUUCAAUCCAACAGAACCAGACCAAAAAAAUGCAUGUUUUUCUUUCUAUUGUACAGAAAAGCAGGAUGCUCAGUACGUAGAUGAGGAAGGGAUGGAACAGCUUGGCUCCUGUACAGUGCCAAUGCCAGACACAAAGCUGGGGAGGAAACGCGAACUGAAGCUGGAUAUUAAAUUUGGGCUCACUGAAUUUAAAGCCACAUGUACUGACAUUACUUCCAAACAAAGUCGGGCAGUUAUAAUAGAUUUUUUAGCUGUGUAA